UUAAACGCAGACUACUUUAGACCCGGAAGUAGGAUUCGCCACGCCAUCACUUAACGACCGGAUAGACUUUUUUACAAUCUUAACUAGUUUUUAUAUCCACAGUAUUUGGCCCCCUGCCGGUCAUGAAAAAGAAUGGCAGUUUAAGGAGCUUCCACAAAGGCUUGUCUUUUCAGAACUGUAAGCUGCAUCUGUCUUGCAAGGCCCAGGAAAUGAACCUUGUAGACCUCCAGAGUUUUCCUCUGUGAUUUAUGAGCCUUAAGUAAAUUAACAUGUUGUACUUCUCCUCUCUAAUUUAUCUAGUAUAAGAAUUAAUGACUGCAACAAUUUCUAGAAGUUCUUAUCAGUUGUUAUAUUGAUGCUAAUAGGGGCUAAAUUUGCAAGUAGUCACUAGCAUUGCUAGCUAAAGAAGCUGUAGAAACAGCUGACUCUUUGUAUUAAAGUAAUAAUUAAUUAAUAAAUAGCCCAAGUGAAUUUUCAUAGUUAAAUCUGCACUUAUCCUUACUUGUGUGCUUCUUUACUUACUUAAUAAAGAAACACACAAAAAUAUACACAGAGACACACACGCAAUAUUCUCAAAAUGUUAAAAGUCUUUAUAUAAUAUUUAAGUCGGUAAAAGGGACAGAUGGAGCGAUGCCUAGGAAACCAGAGGGAGGGUGGACAGAGAGAGAAACACCAUGACAAACAUCAGACGAGUUCAGUGAGAGAGAGAAAGCGUUUGGCGAUUGGAGAGGAUUAGAGGAUUAUUAUCGCAGCUGACUGCACUGGAAGGCUCCAUCAGCAUCAUCGUUGUCCUGUCUUUGGUUCUCUCGCUCCUUCCUUCCUCUGCCUGUUGUCUCAGCAUCAUCCAUCAAAGCCGAGGGCAUGUACAAGUUGAGGAGCUAGCAUGGAUAUAUUUUGGCUCUUCAGCAGCAGAAGGGCUAUAUCUGGAUGAGGCAUGGAGAGACGAGAUAAAGACGUAUCCCUGUAGUCCUACAGCCUGUUAGGUAAAACUGUCCUUUGGAGAUUUACAGAAAAAAAAUGAAGAAAGUCAUGUUUAUCAUGUCGUAGCUUUUCAGAACUUUUAUGCUCAUUGUUUUAAUUUCUAAGCAUACAAAUUCAACUGUCAUAAACUGUGCCUUCAUUUGCAGGAGGCAGAAUUGAUAUAAUAAACUGUACAGUAUACUGAUGAGUACAGUGGAACAAUUAACAGCUAAUGAUCCAAACAUUUCUGUCAGGACAAGUAGGAACCCAAACAAACAAAAAACCAGAUAAAACUUUUACUUUGGCUGCUUUGACAUGGACUGCGAGGUUUGGGAAAAAGAACAGCAGAAUUAAACUCCCGCCCUUCAGUGAGCUUUCUGCUUCUUAAAAUCUCCUGACCCUCCUUCAGCUGUCCUGGGAAAUAUGAAUCUUCUUUCCACAACACAUCUCUUCUUCCUUCUUGCCAUUUACUCCCCGCAGUCCCUUCUCCCAUGUGUUCAGUGCUCAAAGUUGUGUCCACACAAGUGCAUUUGUUAUGAGCAUGCUGACCUGGUGGACUGCCGCGACCGUGGGUUUGAGCACGUUCCCAGGGGUCUCCCGCACGGCACGUGGCUGCUGGAGCUAGGAAGAAACAAUCUGAGUGUGAUAGGCACUCAAGCCUUCAAAGGACUGUGGUCCUUACGGGUGCUGGUGCUCACCAACAGCCAGAUAGAGGAAAUCCAACCACAGGCAUUUUUCUCAUUGUCCUUUCUGGAGAAACUGGAUCUCAGUUGGAACAAAUUAAAAACUCUCCCUGUGGACUUCUCAUCCAGUCUGCCUGCUCUCAAAGAACUGCGACUGGAGCACAACAUCUUGCAUUAUCUAUCUGGAUACAGCCUGGAGUUUCUGGACAACAUGGAAAAGCUGGACCUGAGUUAUAACAAACUGGUGUCUGUUGGCCCCGGCGUGUUCAGAGGCCUCUCCCGGCUCAGACAACUCUAUCUACACAACAACAAACUGACUGUGGUGCAGCAUGGGAGCCUGGACAUGCUGCCUGGACUGGAGGUGAACAGACUUUUUUUUAAAUGGGUACUCCAGCUGAGCAACAACAACAUCUCUCAGAUAGAUACUGAUGCCCUGGCACCUCUGUACAGCCUGGCUGUUCUUGAUCUGGAGGGAAACAACCUGCAUAACCUCAAAUUUAAGACCUUCAUCAGCCUUCAUACAACAGCAACACACAUACAGCUGUCAGGGAACCCUUGGAGCUGUGACUGUGAGCUGCAUCGUGUUUUCAGUAAGAUCCUACACGUCCGGCACCUCCACAUUGACGACUACCGCAACGUGACAUGCCAGGACCCUCCGCAGCUGAUGGGGGCUUCGUUGGCCUGGGUAGACAGCCAACUCUGCGUGGCUGAGACCGCUACUGUACUCGUCAUCACUGUCACUAUGCUUGUCACCGUGGUGGCCGCUCUGGUGAUGGCGGAAAGGAACAGGAAGAGGAACCGAGGGAAGAACUGGGACACCGAGUCACAGACGCAAACUCACAGCCCUCCAUCCUGAGGCAAAAUUAGUGAGAGGAUAAGCAGAUGUUUCUGGCUCCUCUGGUUACAAAAAUGCUUUUAGCACACACUUCCUGACUGCUGCCACAAAUGGAUCGUACUUGAUUUCUUUUUCCUUUCAAAAAGUGAAAAACAGAGUUGGAAUUAAAACUGAAGAAGACCUGGAGUAUCUGUUCAAAUUUAAUAUUGCAGCUGUGAUCUGCUGCUACCAGUGAACUGCUGUAAAAAUGUGGUUCUUUCGAUGAAUUUUUAAGAACAACCAUUGUCAGCAAUGGGAUUUUUCGCAAUAAAAGCCAUACUUUGGUAAAGACCAAAGGCCAAUACACAUAAUGUGGAGUUUGAAGAGUAAAAAAAUGUCUGACUUGUAUUAACAGUUGCCGAGGUUUCAUUCACCUGUAGUCUCUUGAAGUCACCAAAUGUCAGAUUGACUGUCUGCGGUCUCUUGUCACACAUCACUGUGAAUCGCUCCCUGUGUGGAUACAGCUGAAUGUUCACACAUAAUCUGACUUCUGUUGUGCUUUCUUUCUUUCCCUUUCACUGAUCUCGUUUCCACCUAUUUUAUAAUACCUACGCUAAUUUGAGCUUUUCUUUAAUCUCACGGGAUCACCACAGCAGGCAGCUGUCGUAGAUGUUUAAUUUAGCAGGUUUUUACACCCUUUCUUAUGCAACACCCAAGGGAAGUCUGUUCACUCACAAAACACAUCUUUGCAUGUCUGUAACUCAUAAUGUAAAAUAGAAAAUUGCAAAUAAAUUAUUUAAUAUUUAAUAGAA